UUUGCUUGCUUUUAAACUUUUACACGUUUAAAAGCAUAGCAAUUGGGUUUCAUAUUUGAGAUAUUUCUUGAAAGCUUGAGAUAGAGAAAGAGAGUCAUCAAUGGCGAUUGAGGAGUGGAAGGAGCUUGAAAAUGGAGAUCAUGGGGAUUUGCAGAACCCAUUGAUGCCAACACAGGAAGAACAACAAGAAAAUGGAAGCCUUCAAAUGCUUUAUCUUAGUACCUUCGCUGCUGUUUGUGGCUCGUUUCAAUUCGGAUCAUGUGUGGGAUAUUCAGCGCCAGCUCAAGCAGCAAUAAGGGAAGAUCUAAAUUUGUCUCUAUCUGAGUAUUCUAUGUUUGGUUCUAUACUUACCAUUGGAGCAAUGUUUGGAGCUGUAACAAGUGGGAGAAUUGCUGAUUAUAUUGGUCGUAAAGGGGCAAUGAGAAUGUCGGCUUAUUUCUGUAUAAUAGGAUGGAUAGCAAUUUACCUUUCGGAGGAAUCUUUGUCAUUGGACAUUGGAAGGGUGCUCACAGGAUAUGGCAUUGGAGUCUUCUCUUAUGUGGUCCCGAUAUUUAUAGCUGAAAUAGCUCCCAAAAAUCUUCGAGGAAGGCUUACAACCCUAAAUCAACUAUUGAUUGUCACUGGUUCGUCAGUUGCUUUCUUACUCGGAACGAUUGUAACAUGGAGAACACUUGCUCUCUCAGGACUUAUACCAUGCACUACCCUUCUUGUGGUUCUGUUUUUUGUUCCGGAGUCCCCUAGAUGGCUUGCAAAGGUUGGGCAAGAGAAGGAGUUUCUAAGUGCAUUGCAGAGACUUAGGGGCAAAAAUGCUGAUAUUUCAGCAGAAGCUGCUCAGAUUCAAAAUUAUAUUGAAACUAUGCAAAGUCUCCCCAAGACCAAGUUGGUUGAUUUGUUUCAGAGCAGAUAUAUUCGCCCGUUGAUUAUUGGAGUGGGACUGAUGGUGUUCCAACAAUUUGGAGGGAUCAACGGGAUAGGUUUCUUCGCAAGUGAAACCUUUGCCUCAGCGGGUCCAUCAGCAGGCAAAAUUGGAACCAUUGCUUAUGCUUGUAUUCAGGUACCAAUUACCGUGGGUGGUGUAAUUCUAAUGGAUAAAUCUGGAAGAAGGCCACUUAUUAUGGUAUCUGCAGCUGGGACUUCUCUUGGUUGCUUCCUUACCGGAGCGUCUUUCUUUCUCAAGAAUCAUGGUUUGCUGCUCGAGUUCGUGCCCGUGCUUGUGGUCGUCGGAGUGUUGAUAUUCAUUGCAUUUUUCUCAAUUGGAAUGGGAGCAGUUCCUUGGGUGAUAAUGUCGGAGAUAUUUCCAAUUAAUGUAAAAGGAAUUACUGGGAGCAUAGUGGUGUUGGUGAACUGGUUAGGUGCUUGGGUUGUCUCUUUUACCUUCAAUUUCUUCAUGAGCUGGAGUUCUUCUGGGACAUUUUUCAUUUAUUCUCUAAUAUCUUUGAUGACAAUUUUAUUCGUGGUCAAGUUGGUCCCAGAAACCAAAGGAAAAACCCUAGAAGAAAUUCAAGCAUCCAUUGAUUCCCAAAGGGACAUUUAAGUAAUUUUCACAGCAAAAAGUCUUAUUUUAUUUUAUUUUAUUUAUAAUUAGCAUACUUUCACUUAUAGAAUUCACUUAUAGAAUUCAAUUCA